GACCGGGGGAAGGGGGAGUAUGUGAACUGUAUCCUGAGUUGCAGUCCUGUGCCUGCAUUCCUCUCAUCUAGGAUUUGCUUGAAAGGAAAAAAAAUCAUAAAUAAUAACAGACGCAGAUUGGAAUACGGCGGUAAAGCAUCUGAUUUCCACCAGGAUUAACAUUUUAAAGGACGUGAUAUCCCUGGAUGAUCGCUGAACUGGAUCUUUUCGCUUUACGUGAAGCGUCUAUAUAAAGGGCAUACAAAUGAGAGGAAAAGUAAAUAGAUACGUCGUUUUUAAUUCGCGUUAAACAGAAAAACAAGAUGGCUGAUAAGCGAUAACAAGGGCCAAACGAUAUCGUCUCCUUUAAGAGCAACAAAGGUAUUGAUGUAGGCUUUGAUACAUGAAUAUUUUAGGCGAGUUAGCUUCUUCAAAAUAUAAUACAUGACAUUAGGCUCUAGAAAUGAAUGCAAUCCGUCUCUGGUAAGUGCGAGCAGGUAAACAUAAGGCGAAACAUGGACAGGGAUCGCGUUAUGGAUCAUUCUAUAAUGCUCAACCAACACAGAUAGCGAGAGAAUAGAUUUGACAAAGAUAAAAUCGCUGCUCGUUGGGGUUUAAUGCUACGAGAGCAUGUUGGCAUGCAAGUAUUACGUUACGCGUCAAUUGUUUGUUCAUUCAAAAUCGCGUCACGCCAUUAGAUAGAUGGUGUUUCUGGCUUUACCUUAUAGUUGUAGAGGAGAGAAAUCCUAUCGAUAUAGUAUUACACGCGCAGCACAAAGGCUCAGGUCUACUUUUUUAAUAUAAUUCCAGCAGGGCAAAUGUCAUGUGCCCCGAGCACAAAUCAAAUGCGUGAUCGACUACUUCAGUAAAUGCGUGCGAAAGGACGUUUUCAGUGCUUCAAGAACUUGUGGCGUCACCCUUUUCCUGUUUUAAACCUAAAGACUAUAUGCGUCCGAUGAUUAGACAUUUUAACUUGGAUUUGAAAUGGCAUAGGACUUUAGACAAUGUUGAAGCCUUGAACCUAGUAGUUUAUUAACCUUCAACGUAUAGUCAGGCAUCUGUCAGUGAGCCGUCUGGUGUUUCAUGCGUUUGCCAUAAUUAAAGAGAGACUGAUCUAUUUUUUUAACACUUUUGCCCGUCCAUCGUUAUCGUUUUUAACGAUAAAUUAUACCAUUUACGGGGUAUCUGAAAACGUCGUUCAUUUAUGUAGCUUAAAAAAUUAGAGAAGGCUCAAAAUAAAGAUGAAAAUAAAUGUGCCAGUAUCUGGACCACAAACCAACUUUGCAUAGAUUAAAUAAUUACGUUUGUGGUAAUAAACUAUUCAUACUUUCACUUAGUUAUUAGUUAUUCGUCUGUCAAAAAAAGUAAUCACUUAUAAAGUUUUUAAACAUAGCACCAGUCAUUAAUUUUUCCUAUUUGGGCUCAUUUUAAAUGAAGUCCUUUUUCGCACUUUCUAAAAUAAUACCAGAGUUAUAGUUUGUUUGACAAAUAAACAUUUGUCGAUAAAGAAGGGCAAGUUUCUCUCAUUCCAAAAACGUCAUUUACUCACGCCCGGUUGUGGUAUUUGAUUGCUGACUAACUUUGCCAGGAGCAGAAACGCUCCCUUGGCAUAUUAGGGUCUGAUCAACAGCUGUUUCUCUGGGGCUUCUGUAAUCGCAUGGUCUUCAUCAACUGACCUAACAUCUGGAUAUAAAUGAAGGAGUCCCGAGAAUGAGCGAAACGUUGUUAGGACGGUGCUAGAACUUGAUGUUUGCUUUCCACGAGCGGAUCAAGUCAAGACAGGAUGUCUGAUCAAAUGGCUGAGAUGGCCGAGAGCUGGCGGAACUGCUUUGAGGAGGAACUCAUUUGCCCCAUUUGUUUGCAUGUGUUCGUGGAGCCCGUACAGCUGCCGUGCAAACACAACUUCUGCCGGGACUGCAUCAGCGAGGCCUGGGCCAAAGACACGGCCAAUGUGCGCUGCCCGGAGUGCAACCACGCGUACAACCAGAAACCAAACCUGGAGAAAAACAUCAAACUCAAUAAUAUUGUGGAAAAAUUCAAUGCGCUGAACGUCGAAAAAGCGCCGGCCGUUCUGCAUUGCAUUCUGUGCAGGCGAGGGCCUCCUCUUCAAGCGCAGAAAGUGUGUCUACGUUGUAAUGCACCGUGUUGCCAGUCUCACAUCCAGACGCAUCUCCAGCAGCCCUGUCCUGCUCCUGGACAUCUACUGGUGGCGACUGAGGAGGUCCGGGCCUGGAGCUGCCCGCACCAUGACGAAUACAGACUCUAUCACUGCGAUGUGGAACAGGUGGCGGUCUGCCAGUACUGCUGCUUCUCCAGAUGUGCGCCAAACCAUGGCCAUGCGGUGCGCGACGUGGAAGUACGACGCAAUGACAUCAGGCAUAUGUUAAUGAAGCAGCAGGAUCGCAUUGACGAUCGGGUGAAAGACAUCGAGGAGCAGCUGUAUAAGUUGGAGUCUGACAAAGUACUGGUGGAGGAUAAGGUACAGCAGCUGAAAGAGGAGGUGCGUGUGCAGUAUCACAAAAUGCACCAGCUCUUAGAAGACGACCUGGGGAGAACUCUGGAGGUGCUGGAUAAAGCACACUCCAAAUACUGCCAGGACAACUCAACCCAAACCCUGCAGCUCAAUGCACGCCGUCAGGAGGCCAAGAAACUGCUCAGCUCUGUCCAAGUUGUGUUUGACAAGGCGGAGAAUAUUAACAUCAUGAAGAACACAAAACCAGUGAAAAUACUCAUGGACAGAUCAGCAUCAUGUACAGGCAGUGUUCUGCCUCCUUAUAAAGUGGGUCAUCUUAAUUCCAAAAUAUUCCUGUCUGAAGUCUCAAAAAAGGAAAAGAACUUGAGAAAAAUACUGGAAGCACCAUUCAGUACUCCCGCACACUUCCUCCAGAGCAUAUCUGUCCACCCCUCCAGUGUGAAUACCUCCGGGGGUGAGAAACGCAAACACUCCACAGCCUUCCCUGAAAGCAGCACAAGCCUGCUGGAUUCCUCGUCAGGCCCCAUGAGCAAACAGCAGUUCCUGGGUCAAGGUUCCAGCUCCACAGACGGGCCGACGUCACAGCCGCCCUUGGCUCCCUGUAGCUCCACCCAGCACAUUGUAGGCCUCAGCAGUAGCAGCAGCGCCCAGUCGGUCCAUCAUUCCAGCUCAGUUUUUACUCCGGCUGACUACCCCAAUCCCAGCUCCUCCCAGCAGGCCAUGCUGCCCCAGUACGGUGGCCGUAAGAUUCUCAUGUGCACGAUGGACAACUGCUAUUGCUCUAGCGUCCCCUCCAUAUCGAACCACCGUGGCCAUCCUCCCUACCCUCGCUCGGGAUCUUUCCCUUGGACACAGGAUUACUCGCACCCCCUGCCCUCCACGGCCUCAAUGUCCCAGCCCCUCCAAGGGCUCUCCAUGCACGACUGGAUCGACGCCUCACAGAGCCACAGGCACCCUGAUUUCUAUGGAUUGUAUGGGCAAUCUUCCACUAAACCAUACGUCACCAGUUAACCUUCCACGGCAUCUCCGGUUUAUCUCCGAUAUCUCGCUCAUUUCCUUCCUAGACCUUUUUCCCGCCUGUUUUUCAAAAUCAGGCUUGGUAACUUAACAAUUACAAGGAAAACAGCACUUUUAUCAUGCAAUGUAAGCCUCUCGGCUUAAACUCAGAUCUCUUCCAACUUAAGCAUUAAAACCCUGUCUGUCCCUGUGUGAAAAUAAUAAGGGUAUCUUUCUUUGAGAAAUGUGGAGGCGGGAACCAGCUGAGUUUUUAAAAUUACAAACAGAUUUUGGAUAAUUGCAGAGGGUUUUGACCCGGAGCAGAUAAUGAUCACUUGUAAACGGAGUUAGUUUUAACUCCUUUCACCUCCCCUCUUCUUGCCUUUAGGGCAUCUGGAAUCUGGUUGGUUUUUAUUAUGUGCUAAAGAUUUCUUUUAACAUUGCUAUUAAUCUUCUACAGUUUUAUUAUCAGUAGAUGGGGAAUAUUGUUAUUAAAAAAGAGGGAUAGAGUCUGUUUAUUAUUUAUCAUAUUUCACCUCUACCACACCUUCAGAUUUUGGGCUUUUGUUUCUGCUGAACCGCUCCACAGGUAACCACGAUUAUGGUUUGACGUGUUACUUACAUUCCUUAGAGGCCAGAGGUUCUUUUUUUUUCUGUUAUGUUUACAAUUAUGUAUUAAUAAUUUUCAGUAGGUUGGAAAAGAUCAGUACAAAAACUCAAUCCAGGUUCUUUGGCGGCUUCACUCAAAGAGGUUCCACCAAGCAUGUCAUGAGCUAUUGCAUCUGAAGCACUUCUGGAUUCUGCUUCCUGUCAGAUAAUGUUAUUUCCUGCAUUUAAGCAAAUGUGAAGCAUGUUCAGGAUGAUUGGUGCCUACACACACCUCUGAGUCUUAUAACGGUGUAGAUAUACUUCUGUUGUAAUCGGUGACGCUGAAGCCCGAAGGGGUCUGUAGUCACCGUGGAACACUGAUUGUUGAGAACAUGCUGGACAAACUUCCUGUUUGUGUUUGUAGGCAUGCAGGAAGGCCUUUCUGUGCACUCAGAACUCCGAAAAGACUCAACUGAGUGAGACUAGAGAACAGUUGACUUUUUUUCCACAUAUUUUAUACAAGAAAACUGGAUGCAUACAUUUGGAAAUCGAAAUAAAUGUGCUUCAAAAGAGUAUUAAAUGCUGGUUUAAACAAA